AUGCAAAGUUUCGAAGGAGAAAAUUCAUCAUUUAAUAAUAAUAAUAAUAAUAAUAAUAAUAAUAAUAAUAAUAAUACGGAUGUUGAAAACAAACAGGAAAAAAAUUUAUCACCAUUAAAUUAUUAUCAUCCGUUUCAUUCGACUUUCGAUCCUGAUUUUGUUAAUAAUUAUUCAAACAAUGGCGGUGGUGGUGGUGGUGAGUCGUCAUCAUCGCCGCCAUCUUCCUCGUCGCCAUCUUCGUCAAAAGUUUUGGAUUUUAAUAAUAUUAAAAAUUCGUCGUUGGAUUUGGAUGGAAGAGAAAAAGAAUUUGAUUUAACGACCGUUUUAAAUUCGAAUUUAAAUUUUCAUACAAAAUCAAAUGUUUGUCUUUGGCAAAAUCCACAAAGAAACAUCACAGAUUAUUUAUCUUCUCCCAAUCAUCAUAAUAAUAAUAAUAAUAAUAAUUAUGUGAAAAAUUCGCCCGAUGAUAAAUCUACGAGAUGUAAUUUUCGAGAAUUCAAUACUAAUACUAAUAAUAAUGAUGAUGAUGAUAGUAGUAGUAGUAGUAGUCAUAAUAAUAAUAAUAAUUUAAGAGGAAACAUUCGUCCCGGUUUAUUUUUAGGAAAUUUUUACGAUGAAAAGAGAGACGGUUUUUGUUUGGGAAAAUCCGUUAUGACUUUACCGCAAGUUGUUGCAUCCGGUGAUCCUCAAAGGGAUCAUUUAAUGAAUCCCAAAUUAUUGUAUCAUCACAAAGAAGUUCAAGAAAAUCCACAAGUGAUGGAAUUUCAAAAAGGAGGAGCACACACUCGGCCCAUGAUGUGUAAUUUUUGCAAAAACAACAAAGAAGUACCUGAUAUUUAUUUAAAUCAUUAUUUAUACGAUCCGAAAACGAAAAAAUUAACUUGCCCGGUUUUGAGAAAACACAUCGCGCACACACUCUACAAUAUUGUCCGAUAA